GCGUUUUUUCUCGCGGACAUAAGUGCAGUGCCAGUAUUUGGUUAUUCAAACAUCUAUAGCACUUCUGCCACCGGAUAUGCUUUGAAUUUUAAGCCGACUACGGUUAAUCAGCCACCUUUUAGAAAUCUAAAGGAGGAUAUCAACGUGAAAGAGUUAAUAGAAACAUUGCAGGAAACGUUUCGUCAGUCUAAAACACCGGUACCUGUUGCAAAGACUACGAACUUACCGAUCGUGAACAGUAGAUUAUAUGAUACAAAAUUUGAGAGCAACGAAGAUUCAUCACAAUAUCUCGUCACAGAAUUGGCGAUAUUGGACACAGCGUAUAGCAAAGUGUCGGAUCAUUUGGAAUUAGUUCACAACGCCCUCAAAAAGAAUUUCGAUGUUAUGAUGAAGCUCAAUAUCCUAAAAGGAAUGUUAAUGGAAGAAAGUAUACGUUCUAAAGGAUCGAGACCGUGGAUUGAAUACAUUUCAAAUUACAAAAAUGUCAACCAAAGAUAGAACUAAAACAAAAAGUACGCGUUCAUAAUGGCUUAAAAUCAAUAUAAAGGUUGAUUUCAAAACCUUAUAAUUAUAACAGUAAUUAUGUGCUUUGCAUGAUGUGUUGUUUAUCAUUUAUUUGUUUGUACACAUAUAAUUAAAUUUGUUAUUAAAACGUUUAUGCGAUUAUUCAUCAAUAAGCAUCAAUAUUUAAAAAAGUUUGAUCCUCGUUAAUUAUAUAAAAAAAAUUGAAUUUGAUCAUCUACAUAUCCCACCUAUCUAUCUUAUUUAUUUAUAGCAAUGGGUAUAUUUUCAUGGAACAUCGUUUUUAUCGUUACUUGGAUUUUACAUUGAAAAAUGUAUGCUCAUAUUGUUCUUAUAUAUUUGAAAUCAAUAUAUUGAGUCACUGUGAAAUAUUUAUUUUAUGAAAAAUGAUACGGAAAAUCGAUCAGUAGGGGACCAAUACUUAACUCCUAAUAGUUAAAAUAAGAAAUAAAAAGUUAUUGAUCCAACUAUUGCCUCAAUAACCGACAAAUCACUUGAUUCAAUGAUAAUUAUAAUAUUUUUUUUAAAUAACCAAUGCACGAAUAAUAAAAAAAAAAAG